AAAAUACUGUGCUCAGAAUUUACUGGAUGAAUUGAUCUGCCUUCCCCCAUUUGUACCCCCCUGCGACAUGCCCAAUAUUUUGGUAGUAUAGUUGUCGCUUGCAUUAGGUUAACAUUGUGAUUUAUGCAAGAAUGCUGCCUGCAGGUUUAUUGUCUAUUGGUGCCAUAUAUAUUUGUAUUAUUGGAUUCAAGGAGACCCAUCAGUUCAGUAUUCCCUGCAAUGAAUCUUUAGCUACUGUCCGGCCAGUCAGUUACUGCCCUAUGGAUGAGAUAUCAUUUGAGAAGGCAGCACAGAAUAUGAGUUGUGCUACCAUUAACAACAAUUGUGUCAGAUUUGAGUACCACUGUGUACUAAAUGACUAUUUAAAUGGGACAGUGGAAGUGUGUGCCCCCUCAUUAUGGGUGACUGGUCAUGUGUGCACCAAAUUCGAUUCAAAACUGAAAAGCAUUUUUAAAACAGAGGACAUAAGUUGUAAAAAUUCAACACCAUCAUGUGGCUUCAGAUAUAAUUCUACAACUCUUUACAACUAUAGAAGUUGCUAUAAUUUGAGCAAUAUAGCUAAAAUUAUUGACAAAAAAUUAACCAAUCUGAAAACAACUGCAGUCCCCCCCAGUACACGAGAAAUUUUAAAAACAACUGUCCCUGUUUUUUCCACAUCGAAACUGCCAACUGUUUUUGAUAAAGGAGAAGAUGAGGAUAAAACAGCUGGUAAUGUUGUGGGUAUAGUUCUUGGUGCUAUUUUUGGAGUUUGCGUGGUAGUGGUAGGGAUAGUUGGCAGUCUUGUCUUAUGUCUGAAGCUCAAAUGGAGAACUCAAAGAAGGAAACGCUUACCGGUAAAAUACACAGAACUUAAAAUGGCAACACAAAGUGAUAAGAAACAUAUUCAGGACACAUUGGACUAUAUUGAAGUGGAUGGAAGUCCUGAAACUAUUCCUUUGUUUAGUAAAAAUGGGGACAAAGAAGAAAAACCAGAAUGUGAUCACACAGAUGGGGGAGCUAAGGCACUUGAAAAUGAAAAGUUACCCACCAGCGUUUCUGAUAUGUCUCCUUUGCCAUACAAGUUGAUGUCACAGGAACAAGGAAUCAAAGAAGAACAAGUAACGGCUCCUAAAACUGACAAAGGUGCUUCUACAAUGCCUGCAAAACAGAAAAUGCCCCGUGUAUUAGAGCCAAGAAAUGAGAAUGAUUAUCCUAGAAGUAAACCUAAUUAUCAAGAUUACCAGCAUGACGACAAGAGAGCCAGAAAGAGUGAUCCCAUGUCUGACCAUGAUAGAAUUGGACAAUUGGAACAGAAAUUUUUAUAUGUUGAUACCGAAUUGGCCGAGGGGCGUAGAGAAAGGGAAGAGUUGAAAAAAAGUAUAACAACUUUAGAGGAAAACAUAAAGAAGGAGAAAUCAGAAAAGGAGGAUUUACAAGAAAAGAUUAAGGAACUACAAAUCGAAAAUAAUGAACUCAAACUCGAGAAUAAGGACAACGAAAAUAAAAUCAAAGAACUGCAGAAAGAGAUAGAAGAGAAAGAUAAAAAGUUAACUUACUUCCAAAACGAGCUGCACAAGCUACAAAAGGAGACUGAGCAGAGAUGUGAUAAGUCAGGCACAACAAGGCAUAAAAGUUAUUAAACUACAAAUAAUAAGAUCUUAUAAGACAUUAGAUUAUUGGUUAAACUGAUGAUGUCUAUAACUGUGUAUAGGUUACACACGAAAUCGGAAAUUUCACGUUUAUCCAAAAUGGUUCAGUCAUGGGAGGGGACUAAAGUUUCUGAAACAUGUAUCUAAUCCCUUUGACAUAUUUGCAAUAAAAUUUGUUAAUAAAAGCACAAAAACCUUCUUUUUCAGCUAACCUAGCCGAACGCUUAAGUGAACUUUUCUGAUCACAUUUUGUUCGUCGUCCGUCCGUCCGUCUAGCUGUCUGUCCGUCUGUAAACUUUUCACAUUUUCGACUUCUUCUCAAGAACCACUGGGCCAAUUUUGACCAAACUUGGUACAAAGCAUACUUGGGUAAAGGGGAAUUUAAAUUGUUAAAAAAAAAAUAAAGGGCCAAGUCUCCUCACAAGGGGAGAUAAUCAAGAAAAGACAAAAGCAGGGUGGGGUCAUUAAAAAAUCUUCUCAAGAACCACUGGAUCAGAAAAGCUGAAACUUAUGUGGAAGCAUCCUGGGGUAGUCAAGAUUCUAAAUUGUUCAAAUCAUGACCCCCGGGGGAAGGGUAGGGCCACAAUGGGGAAUCAAAGUUUUACAUAAAAAUAUAAAAGGAAAAAUCUUUGAAAAUCUUCUCAAGAACCACUGGGCCAGAAAAGCUGAAACUUAUGUGCACAUGGAAGGAUCCUGGGGUAGUGUAGAUUUCAAAAUGUCUAAAUUAAGAUCAGUGGGGUAGGGUGGGGAUGCAUUGUGUAUUACAAGGGGGGAAUCUGGUAAAGAACAGAAUGGUCAAAGCUUCUCAGGUGAGCGAUGUGGCCCAUGGGCCUCUUAUUUAAAUUUUUGUUUCCUUUUUUUUUUUUUUUUUUUUGUUUGUACAAAUGCACAGUGGAAUGAUAUAUCUAGUAAAAUGUGAAGAAGAAAAAAUGUCAUACCCUGUAUUUAUUAAAUUAGUUUGUAUUUAUGUGAUGACAAUUUCACAUGGUUAUAAUUUUUUGUAUAGAUUAAUGAUUUCAGAAAAUGAAAGCAGCAUAUCAGUAUGAACUAUUAUGAAUUGU